GACCCUCCGCUGCUCUCCAUCAUGCCUGGUGUAGUCUCUUCAGGCACUUUUUCGCGCGACGAAGUCGCAAAGAACAACACCGAGGACUCUUUGUGGUGCAUUGUCGACCACAAAGUGUACGACCNNCUCACAGAUUUCUUGGACGCGCAUCCUGGUGGCAAUGUGGUCUUGCAACAAGUUGCAGGCCAAGACGCCACGACAGCUUUCUACAAUUUACACCGACAUGAAGUUCUGCAAAAGUACUCGUCUCUAUGCAUCGGCACUGUGCAAAACGAAACUCCGGAAGUGAUCGAUCCUCAACCUGGCGAUCUUAGCACAGUGCCAUACGCAGAGCCUACUUGGCUCAGCCCUCAAUUCACUAGUCCAUACUACACCGAUUCACACCGCAAGUUCAGAAAAGGUCUAAGGGAAUUUGUGGAUGCGGAGCUCAAACCGGAGGCACAGGAANAAGAAGCUGAUGGCACCUAUAUCAGUCAGGAAAUGAUUGAUAAGAUGGCUAAGAACAAUAUCCUGGCUAUGCGACUCGGUCCUGGUCAGCAUCUGCACGGCAGGACGGUGCCAGGUGGCGUCAAGGGUGAAGACUUCGACUAUUUCCACGAUCUGAUCACAUGUCAGGAACUAGCUCGGGUUUUGUCAAGAGGCUUCCAAGAUGGCAACAUGGCAGGCAUGUCAAUCUCUCUCACUGCCGUCAGAAGCUGGAUGAAAGACGUCAAGCUAAGAGAUACUGUCACGGAAGAAUGCCUGAGUGGAAAGAAGAAGAUGUCGCUUGCCAUUACUGAGGCUUUUGCUGGUAGUGAUGUCGCUGGUAUCCGCACCACAGCCGAAAAGACAGCUGAUGGUUCCCACUACAUGAUUAACGGCACGAAGAAAUGGAUUACCAACGGUAUGUUCAGCGACUACUUUGUCGUUGGCUGCAAGACUGUCAAAGGCUUCAGCGUGAUUCUGGUUCCAAGGGAUGACAAUGUCGAGACCAAGAAGAUCAAGGUAUAUCACAAUCUCUACUCUACAGCUGCUGCUACAGCCUACAUCCAAUUCGACAAUGUCAAGGUUCCUGUCAAUCAUCUCUUGGGCGAAGAGGACAAAGGCUUCCAGGUCAUCAUGAGCAAUUUCAACCACGAACGCUGGGCAAUGGCAGCAGCAGUGAUACAAUGGAUGCGAGCUGUCACGGAAGAGUGCCUGAAGUGGAGCAACCAACGAAUCGUCUUUGGAAAGCCGCUUUCCGAACAGCCAGUCAUCCGUGCAAAGCUUGCACGCAUGAUACAACACACAGAAGCCACCCAAGCUUGGCUCGAGCAAAUCACGCACCAAAUGAACACCAUGUCCUACCAAAACCAGAACAAGUAUCUCGGCGGGCCCAUCGGCUUGCUUAAAUCCUUUACCACUCGCUGUGCUCAUGAAGUCGCCGAUGAUGCCUGCAAUAUCUUCGGAGGUCGUGGUAUCACUCAAGGAGGUAUGGGAAAGGUUGUCGAGCAGUUCCAUCGCACGUAUAAGUUCGACGCUAUCUUGGGUGGAACCGAGGAGAUUUUGAGCGAUCUGGGUGUCAGACAGGCUCUCAAGCAGAUGCCCAAGGCAAGGCUGUAG